AUGUUUCACAGGCACAUGGUUUAUGCAGCUCAAAAUAACUUGGGACCUGUGAGCUGACAAAUGCUCUGGCUCCGGUGGUGACAGCUUCUUACAGCCAUCUUCACUGAAACUAAGGUUAACUCCUCACUCUCUAUGGACGACUACUCUCGAUUUCCAAGGGCGUGAAGAAUUUUCUUUUUCUCCUGUGCUUUCAUCUGAAAGUUCUCCUUGGAUAAUUAUCAUCACAGUGGAUUGCCUGGGUUGGACAUCCUCAUCUGGGUCAACUAAAAAAAGAAAGCAUGCAAGACGACAGCAUAGAAGCUUCCACUUCCAUAUCUCAGCUUCUAAGAGAGAGCUAUUUAGCAGAAACUAGACACCGGGGAAACAAUGAGAGAAGUCGAGCAGAACCGUCCUCCAACCCUUUCCAUUUUGGCAAUCCUUCUGGAGCUGCUGAAGGAGGAGGAGGCCAAGAUGACCUUCCAGAUCUUUCAGCCUUCCUGAGCCAAGAAGAAUUAGAUGAAAGUGUCAAUCUGGCAAGACUGGCCAUCAAUCACGACCCUUUGGAGAAAGCAGAUGAAGCUCAAACCAGAAAACGUCUUUCAUCUGAUCAAAUGAAACACUCACCUAAAUCAAGUUUUGACCCCAACUUCUGUCAGGAUAACUCUCGAGGUCCUACCAGCUCUAAAGAGAGUCCCCAUGAGGCAAAAAGGCCACAGUAUAGCUCUGAAACCCAGUCCAAAAAAGUAUUCUUAAAUAAAGCUGCCGAUUUCAUUGAAGAGCUGUCCUCCCUUUUCAAAGCCCAUAGCUCCAAAAGGAUUAGACCUCGUGCCUGCAAAAACCACAAGAGUAAACUGGAAUCUCAAAACAAACUUACGCAGGAAAAUAGCUCCAGUUUGUCAGAUAUCUCAGAAAGAAGAGAAAGAUCUUCUGUUCCCAUCCCUAUCCCUGCAGAUACUAGGGAUAAUGAAGUGAAUCAUGCCCUUGAAAGGCAGGAAGCUAAGAGGCGCGAAGCUGAGCAGGCUGCCAGUGAGGCCGCUGGUGGAGACACCACUCCAGGCUCUUCACCUUCAUCUUUGUAUUAUGAAGAACCUCUGGGGCAACCUCCUCGGUUCACUCAAAAGUUACGGAGCAGAGAAGUUCCAGAAGGAACCAGAGUACAGUUGGAUUGCAUAGUGGUAGGAAUUCCACCACCCCAAGUAAGGUGGUACUGUGAAGGAAAGGAGCUUGAAAAUUCCCCAGACAUUCAUAUUGUCCAGGCAGGAAAUCUGCACUCAUUGACCAUUGCUGAAGCCUUUGAAGAAGACACAGGACGCUAUUCCUGCUUUGCUUCUAACAUCUAUGGGACAGAUUCAACCUCUGCUGAGAUUUAUAUAGAAGGGGUUUCUUCUUCUGACUCAGAAGGGGACCCUAACAAGGAAGAGAUGAAUCGAAUCCAGAAGCCAAAAGAGGUAUCAUCUACUCCCACUACUUCUGCAGCCAUUCCUUCAGCAGCACCCCAAGCCCAGCAUGUGGUGGCCCAGCCCAGGGUGUCAGCCAUCCAACAGUGUCAGAGCCCUACCAACUAUCUGCAAGGAUUGGAUGGAAAACCUAUCAUUGCAGCUCCUGUGUUUACAAAGAUGUUACAGAAUUUAUCAGCCUCUGAAGGUCAGCUGGUGGUCUUUGAAUGCAGAGUAAAAGGAGCUCCAUCUCCUAAAGUUGAGUGGUAUAGAGAAGGGACCUUGAUAGAAGAUUCUCCAGAUUUCAGAAUUUUACAGAAAAAACCUCGAUCCAUGGCAGAACCAGAGGAGAUUUGUACUUUGGUCAUUGCUGAGGUGUUUGCAGAAGACUCUGGGUGCUUCACAUGUACAGCAAGCAACAAAUACGGCACGGUGUCAAGCAUUGCACAGCUCGAUGUAAGAGGAAAUGAAGACCUCAGAAAUAAUGGGUCUCUUCACUCGGCCAAUUCCACCACCAACCUGGCUGUUACUGAGCAACAGCCAUCCCCACCCAACCCAGAGCCCCCUUCUGUGGAACAAGCCCCUAAACCCAAACUUGAAGGAGUUCUGGUGAACCACAAUGAGCCCCGGUCCAGCUCAAGGAUUGGGCUCCGUGUGCACUUCAACCUGCCAGAAGAUGACAAAGGAAGUGAAGCAUCUUCUGAGGAGGGUGUGGUGACCACCAAGCAGACCAGGCCCGAUUCUUUCCCGGAAAGAUUCAAUGGACAGGCAGCAAAAAUCCCUGAGCCUUCUUCACCCAUCAAAGAACCCCCUCCAGUUCUGGCCAAACCCAAACUUGAUUCCAGUCAGCUACAACAGCUUCACAACCAAGUCCUACUGGAACAACAGCAGCUGCAAAACCCAUCUCCUUCCUCUCCUAAGGAGUUUCCUUUCAACAUGAGUGUUUUGAACUCCACUGCUUCCCCGGCGGUGACGAUGCCCAGCAAGCAGGUGAAGGCUCCUUCAUCACAGACAUUCAGCUUGGCUCGGCCAAAGCAUUUCUUCCCCUCUCCAAACACCACCGCAGCAACUGUGUCCCCUUCCAGUUCUCCAGUGUUCACCCUGAGCAGCGCUCCUCAAACCAUUCAGAGGACAGUGAGCAAAGAGAGCCUCUUGGUUUCUCAGCCCUCCGUGCCAAACAAAUCUCUAGGAGGAGUUUCCGUCCCAAAUGAGCCACCCCCUCUAGUUCCAGUAGAGCCAGCACCAGCGCCACUCACGUUUGCCAUCUCCAGUGGACACCAGUUUCAGCCCCGCUGUGUUUCCCCAGCUCCUGUUUCUCCCACCAGCCGGAUUCAGAACCCCGUGGCUUUCCUCAGCUCUGUUCUGCCUUCUCUCCCUGCCAUCCCUCCCACCAAUGCCAUGGGGCUGCCCAGAAGUGCACCAUCUGUGCCAUCCCAGGGACUAAUGAAGAAAAACACAAAGUCUCCCCAACCGGUGAAUGAUGAUUACGUUCGUGAAACUAAGAAUGCGGUCAUUCAAGACUUGGGGAAAAAAAUGAAUUUCAGUGAUGCCAGAUCAAACCAGCAGGAGUACAAAAUUUCAAGCUUUGAGCAGAGGCUGAUGAAUGAAAUAGAGUUUCGCUUGGAACGUACCCCUGUUGAUGAAUCAGAUGAUGAAAUCCAACAUGACGAAAUCCCCACGGGCAAGUGUAUUGCUCCCAUCUUUGACAAAAGACUCAAGCAUUUCCGGGUUACAGAAGGCUCUCCAGUGACAUUUACCUGCAAAAUUGUUGGAAUACCUGUUCCAAAGGUUUACUGGUUCAAAGAUGGGAAGCAGAUUUCAAAGAGAAAUGAGCACUGCAAAAUGAGGCGAGAAGGAGAUGGGACGUGCUCUCUGCACAUCGACUCCACCACUGGUGAUGAUGACGGCAACUACACUAUCAUGGCUGCCAACCCCCAGGGACGAAUCAGCUGUUCUGGCCACUUGAUGGUACAAAGUUUGCCCAUUCGCAGUCGACUAACAUCUGCUGGUCAGUCUCACAGAGGAAGGUCCCGAGCACAAGAGAGAGACAAAGAGCCCCUACAGGAACGCUUUUUCCGACCACAUUUCCUGCAGGCUCCUGGGGAUAUGGUAGCUCAUGAGGGGCGCCUCUGUCGGCUGGACUGUAAGGUGAGUGGCUUACCACCCCCAGAGCUGACGUGGCUGCUCAAUGGCCAACCGGUGCUACCAGAUGCCUCCCACAAGAUGUUGGUCAGAGAGACUGGAGUCCACUCUCUGCUCAUUGACCCGCUCACUCAACGUGACGCAGGGACCUAUACAUGCAUUGCUACCAACAAAACCGGACAGAAUUCCUUUAGUCUGGAGCUCACCGUAGUAGCCAAAGAAGUGAAGAAAGCACCUGUGAUCCUGGAGAAAUUGCAGAACAGUGGAGUUCCCGAAGGCCACCCAGUGAGGCUGGAGUGCCGGGUGAUAGGCAUGCCACCACCUGUGUUCUUCUGGAAGAAGGACAAUGAGACCAUCCCUUUCACCCGAGAAAGGAUCAGUAUGCACCAGGACACAACAGGGUAUGUCUGCCUCCUCAUUCAGCCAGCCAAGAAAUCCGACGCUGGAUGGUACACGUUGUCAGCCAAGAAUGAAGCUGGCAUUGUGUCGUGCACUGCGAGGCUGGAUAUAUAUGCUCAGUGGCACCAGCAGAUCCCACCGCCCAUGUCGGUCCGGCCCACUGGCAGUCGCUACGGAUCUCUCACCAGUAAAGGACUUGACAUUUUCUCUGCCUUCUCCUCCAUGGAAAGCACAAUGGUGUAUUCAUGUUCUUCUCGGAGUGUAGUGGAGAGUGACGAACUUUAGGAAUGUCUGGGUGCUGGCUGUGUAAGGGGGCAGACUGUGGAGGGGAAGGAGGACAAGCCAGACACAGCGGUUUCCAAGCAACUGGAUUUGAGUGAGUUCCCAUGCUGCUGGACCCCUAGCAAGAAGUGCUUCGAAUAAGUCAGCUGGGGACUCUUGCUGUCUCAGCUAGGGGAAAGAUGUAGGGCUGUGCCUUUUAAAGAUUCCAACAAAAAUGUGAGAAGACGAUAACAGAUGAACCAAAGAUGUCAUGAAGUCAUCCACUGCUUUGGGAAAAAGCUAGCAUGCUCCCCUGUCCCCUGCUAUGUUAGGGAUAUUUAGGCCCUAUUAGGAGUAAUAAGGGGCCAUAUGUUUGGGCUGAAAGGAGUUAAACAGUAGUGACCUUAGGAAUCACUAACUCACCAAACAACGUAAAGGAAAAAGGUGGGGAGGUCUCCAUUACCUUUCAUCAGUUAAAUCCAUAGCAGUAGUUUUGAUGGAUUCAUUUAAUCAGCUUCUACUUAGCCUUAAGAGAUUGUGCCAUACAACUCACAGAUGUGGAGAAGCACUUUUGAUUUACUUAUCCUGAGUGUACUGAGCCACGUAUUAAGGUGCCAAAAUGUGCUUGAGAUACCAAAAAAUUCACUGAAACCCUCAAUAUUGCACAACGCACUUGUUCGAUAGCCAAAACAAGGCCCCAUUAGCCUGUCUGCAUCAUUUUCUUUUGGAUAUAAUGGCGAGUGGUUUUGCUUUCUGACUUUAUACAUCCCCAAAUUCUAGAACGAAAAGGUUGCUAGUAAACCAACCAAAAAGAAAGCUUCUAUGGGGUCACUUUUAAAGCUACUAGCUUCAAUUGCCGCUUGCAAAAUAUGUGAGAGUCAUCAUCAUCUGCCCCUCUUGUCUCCCCAAAGGCUGGAAGUGUAUGAGGCAGUGAGGGAGGAAGGGAUGCCAACAAGGAAAGGAAGUGAUGGGAGAGUGUUGUUUUUCACUUGCCCUAGAAGAGCAGUGGAUGUGGAAGGAGACAUCUUUAAUAGGUAUGAACUGUGUUUCAGAUAAUUUGCAUUUUCUAUAUGGAAAACAUCAUGCUAAAAAAAAAAUCAUGCUAACCAGGAAAGUGGGAGGAAAGGGGAAUAUGCAUCUUUGUUCUAACCCACCUAUUCAAAACUUGCCUCUUAAGCAAUUUUUAGAACUAAAUUCACUACGAUUAUCCCCAGUGCCUAGAAGAGUGCUUAGCACCGCAUAGACAUUCAAUAGAUAUUUGUUGGAUAAAUGAAUCUUAUAUUAGAUAGAGAAAUCUGCAAUUCACACAGCAAUCCAAAAACUGCCCUGGGAAUGGUCAUCACAGCACAGCUUGCUCCAUACUCCCCUGUGAAAUGAAUUGGAGGUGUCUGUUAUCAAUUCCUGGUGCACAGGUGUCUGGUGUUCUCUGAGCCAGGCACCCUCAGCUGGUAUCUAACUCCAAUGAACAAAUAGUAGUUGUUUAGAAAGGUUUGAAAUUUUCUUCACUUCAAGGCAAGGACUACCAGUAUAAAAAUAAAUACAUUCACUCAAAAAAAGCAUUUGUGUGUCUACUCUGUAUAAGAUGCUAUGCUAGAGACUUUUAUGAAUAAGACACAGUCCCUGACCUCAGGGAGCUUACAAUCUAGUAGGGGAGGUAAGAUGUAAGGCAUAAAGAGUGCUGCUUUGGGGGGAAAAAAAUCUAUUCUUUAUCAAAUAGAAGUUUCUAGUUCUCUUCACCCUAUAUUUUUUAUGACUCUAAAAUCAUCUUAAUAUUUUCAAUCUUUAUUUCUUAAUGAAACAAAUGCCACAGGUUACAUCAUUAAGAAAUAAAGUUUUCAGUCAAUUAUUCAGUGAAAUUAUUAGAUUUUUGUUUUCUUUUUUCAUGUAUUCAGGAGCAAUACUAAAAAUACAGGCAACUGUAAUGACAGCAUACGUUUCAUGCAGAAUGCAUCCUAUAAAAUAUUGUUUCCGGGUUGGCUUCUAUUAUGAAAUCUCUUCUACCCAAAGAGGACUUUCUAACUCCAGGAUUGUUCCUUCUCAAUCAUUCACCUGACCUUCCUAUCACAUCUACUUCUGUAAACCCUAAGGAGUUCUCCUAUGAAAGGAUAUUUUUCACCUCUCUAUGUCUUAGCUUUCUAAAUACUUUUAUCUGUUGCCUUUUAGUGUUCACCAGAGAAUUAGGAUGAGUAUUAUACUUGACCACUGGAUGGCGCUGUCUAACCUAAAAUAUAAGAAACCUAAAAAUUCCUGAAAUUGGAGACACUGGAUUAUGUCAAUGCAGGGUUUCUGAACCUCAGAAUUACUGACCUUGUGGGGUGGAUUGUUCUUCAUUGCAGGGGCUGUCCUGAAAAGUGCAGGAUGUUUGGUAACAUCACUGGCCUCUAACUGGAUGUCAGUAGAAUUAGCAGCUGAUCCCCACGUUGUGGCUACCCAAAAUGUCUCCAGACAAUGCCAUAUGCUUCCUACGAGGCAGAGUCCUUCACUGUGUUGAACAAAUCAGUUCCCUGCUUUGAGAAUUCCAUUAGAAGUCAAUUAUAAUGAGGGAUACGUAUAUAAGAAAUUUUGGUUUGGCUGGAUAUGUUUGGACUCAACAUGUCCCAAAUCAGAUUCAUCAUCUUCCCUUUCAUAAAUCAUUCUUCAGCCUCGCUUAAUGAUUUCUACUAAUGGCACCAUCACAUUCCUAGCGAUCCAGAUAAAAAGCAUCCAAGUCAUUUUUUGCUUCCUCUCGCCAAUCGAUCAACAGAUCCCAUUAAUUCUAUUAUUUCUUCUACAUUCAGCCCUUCUUUUCCAUCCCCCUGCAGUUCUCCAGUUCAGACUUGCAUUACUUUAUUAAUUUCCCUCAAUAUUUCUGAUUUCAACCAUAACAAAGGACUUCUAAGUGGCCUUUCUGCCUCUGUUUCUGCCAUUUCUCCCAUUCAAAUCCAGCCCAGAUCUCAGUGUCAGCUCUUUCUUCCUGAAGUACUGCUCUACUCAUACUCUUCCCCAAUUUCAAACCCCCAGUGGCUCCCUGGAGCCAAUCAGGUACCCCCUCUUCUGCCCUGAUGUAUUCAAGGCUUGUUCCAAUAUGAUGCCAAAACUUUUCAACCCAGUCCUCAGAAAACACACCCAAUAUGGCAGCAAACCUAACAUAGACCCCUGCUUUCCAGCACAAUGCCUCUCUGUCACUUCUGCCUUGGAAGACUCUCUCUCCCCAGCCUCUACCCAUGGCAAUCUUAUCUGUUCCUUAAAGCCCAUCUAAAAAUGCCACUGCCUCUGGGAACUAUUUUCUGAUCCCCCAGGCCCCACCCAAAUACAUUGUACUUUCUUGGAAAACUUAUAGCAAGUUUCUUGAAUCUGGAAGAAGAAAAGAUGGCCUUGUGUAGUAUUUUAUAUACCUGCCUGUCCCCUCUGCUUGCACUAGCCAGCUUGCCCACACUAGGUUUUAGCUACUGUUGGUAUGGACUGUGUCAAAGUUUGUCAUGUACCUUAUACAGAGUAGGCACUCGAUAAAUAUUCAUUGACCUAAACUGAACUUCAAAUUUCUAUGUACGUCAGUAUGUUCCCAUAUAAAGCAAACUGAGACUAGAGCAGUGGUUCUUAACCUGGGCUGCAUAUUGGAAUCUCCUGAAGAGCUUUUAAAAAUCUUGAUACCCAGGCCACAACCCCAAAUCAGUUAAGUCAUAAGCUCCGGAAUUGUGGCAUAAGCAUCAGGAUUUAUGAAAGCUUCCCAGGUGAAUCCAAAGAGCAGCCGCAUCUACGGAGAGUAAUUUCAGAACUUACCCAGAAAGGUCCAAGGGGAUGCAGAGAGCAUAAAGCUGUAGUUUGGGCACCUGGCGAAGAAUAUAUUCCCCUUUGUGGUACAUGCAAUGCAUGCCUAGAAAGUAGAAAUAAACACACACUUUGGCCUUAUUGGACCCUCCUAUUUUGUGCAACACUCAUUAGACAUGUAGCAUUCAUAAAGCCCCCAGAGGAAGCUCAAAACCUGCAAAAAUGGACCAGGGAAGGAGAGAAAGUUGAUGCAAUUUGUCUGGUCCUUUGUUUCUAAAAGUCACACAGGUCCCAUAAGCACUCUCCUCUCCAAACAAUUUGAAGGGCUUUUAUUAAUUUGAUUAGUUGUGGAAAUGGGGAUCAAUACACCCUUCUCUUUUUAUUCCUCACUUAAUUUUUGUAAGCAUUCAAUGAGAAAUUGAAUAGUUGAGAGACCAGCAGUAGAUAGAGCUAGAGCUCUGGAUGAAACGAACCACGGAGAAUAAUGCCUAUAGGAGUCAAAAGCUGACUUUUAUAGGGACAGGUUAGUUUGAAUAAUCCUCAAAUGACAAAUGGGUUGCUUUCCAGAUGUUCACUUGUAAACUGGUUGUUUAAAACUCAGAAUAUAUUUCCUUACACCCAAAACACAAUGCUAGAUUCCCAAGUGAACUCAGUAAACCCAAUUUAAUUCAUUACUGAGUUACAAUAUCUAUUACACCUGAUUGGGUGAUGGUCCCAAGAACAGGAUCCAGGCAAAGCAGCUCAUAACAUGAGAAGAGAGACUACUUCCUCCUUUUUUGUGUCUAUCAUGUGGUCUAAGGUCCUUUGCAUCUAUCCCCCAUUCUGUGUUUUUCUCCCCAGAUGCCCUGUGCUCCAUGUCCUAUAACCCCCCUCUGUGGUAACCCAUCCCAUCUCAGCCUGUCGGCAUGCUGCAUGCUCCAAAAUGACCUAACUCCAGUUCCAGGCAUCUCAGGCCGAUGGUCAGAAGAAAGCAGUCCAACUGAACGAAUUCUGAUUACCUGAGGGUCUUUUAACUUCAUAGAGGGGCUGCAUUCUUUUUAAGCAGUUGCCUUCUUACUCCCAUCAACUUCUAAUUGACAGAAUUGCUGACAAAGUAAAAAAAAAAAAAAAAAAAUAACUCAGAUUGGGAGGGGAGGUCUAGAAUACUAACCGGGUCAGACAUCCAAAUUCUUGUUGAUCAAAACCUCCUCCUGUCUUCUUCCUCCCCACACACUCCCAAAGUAACUUCCAAGCUGAGAUCCUAGCCUGAGUCUGUAUUUGGGCUAUUUAUGAAUUGGUUGUAAACUCAAAGGCAAAGUUCCUAAUAAUGACCUUUAUUCAAGGUCCCUUCCAGGGUCCUUGGGUAACCUGGCCUCAAAGUAUUUCUGCUGAUGGUUGAGUAGAAAAUCAAUGUGCCUUACCAGUAAGACUAACAGUUACUUCAAUUAACAAGAAGCUUUUUGAAGUCCUUUUCACCACUAAUUGCCUUUUCUUGUUUUACGUGGAUCAAGAUUUUAGAAAGUUAAUUACUGAAACACUGCUUGAAGAAUGCCAAACAUCUUCUAAACUUUGACAAUGCAGUGGUCAUCACUAUGCUAAAAAAAGUUGCUAAUACCAUGUUUUUAAAAAUCUGUACAGUGCAAAAAAAAUGCAUAUUUGUUGAAAUUAUGUUUGCCUCCUAUUUCUAAUUAUAUUAGCUAGCACACUUGGUAUUAUAGAAUGAUAAACAGGCUGCCUUUUGUUAAUAUGUAAACAAUGGCCACCUCAAACUCCAAAAAGCAGUAGCCUUGAAAUUGCAAGAAAUAGAGAAAGAACACACUUUCAGUCCUCUGAGAAUUGGGCCAAAAAUGCUGAGAGUAAGCAUAAAGAGAAUGUCUGUAGUGUAGAGGCAUAAAAAUACUAAUUUACUAGAAGAUUUUAACAUAUGAGUAAAUAGAAAAUGUUUCCCUAACAAUAAAAACUAAAAGAGUUCAACACUAUUUGACAACAAAUAUUCUAAGGUCGAAGUAAAUGCAUAUUUUUCUUUAAAAUGAAGAAAACAGUUCUAGUUUCCAGGUUUAAACUUUGUGAUGGUGAUUCAACCAAUUUUUUAAUGUAUAAGUAUAUUUGACACUUGGAAGUGAUUUUGUAAAAAUAUUCUUAUUCAAAUUGUAUGUUACAACAUGAAUUACAAGCUGAUUAAAUAUCAACAGAGCAACAGAAAGAUAACUAGGUUUUAAUCUUCUUAAAAUAUCCAGCAAAUCCAGUAGACUUCUUAUAGAAUGUUAAAUCUCUUAGAUAAAAAUUCAUUCUGCCUCCUAACUGAAAACAGACACAUUAAAAAAUGAGACUUAAAGAUGGGAAAGAUGGGGGUGGAGAAGCUUGACCAGUAUAGACUGAAAAUUAAUGGAGAUACAAUAAAAAGGGGUUUGGGGGUACAUGGCUGGCUCAGUUGGUGGCACAUGAAACUCUUGAUCUCGGAGUUGUGACUGUGAGCCCAACAUUGGUUGUGGAGAUUACUUUAAAGUCUUUAAAAAAAAAAAAAAGAAGUGUUUUUAUACCCAUAAGAAACAUGAGUUAUUUUCAUAUAGUAUGGUACGAGUGAAUUGUUCGAUGUUCCGAAAUUCCAAAGAACGUGAUGCUUUUCACAGAUUCAGUGAGUUAUCUGCAAACUAGCAGAUUCUUGUAAUUUUCCCACAAUUAAUAGUGCAAGAAUUCAGUGAAUUAUAUGCUAAUAUUGACUAUAGCAUUUACUACCAAAAGAUUACUAAAUGUGUAUGUGUACAGAGUAUAAACAGUUUUACUGUGUUAAGGGAGAGUUAAACCUCUCAAAUAAUACAAAUGAAAUCAUUUGCAUGCAACUGCAUUUUUUUAAUGCACAUGGGUAAAUUAAAUUUUACUUUUUCAGUAUUGUUAUUUCAGAGACACUUUAUCUUCUUUUCUGAUUCUCACUUACUUUUCCAAUCUUCAGCAUUAAAUUUCUUAACCUACUCUUCUCCAUUUGUUACCUUUCUGUUGAGAUUGAAAAAAUCUGUAAAAUACUUAGCAGUAUUAAGGAAGUUCUUUAUUUCUAGGCAUUCUUAGGUGAAUUCCUAGGAAUUCAAGAGAGAUUUUAAUAAUUCAGAUGAAUAUCAGACACAUUCUCUGAUUUUUCUGUAACUCUGAGGUCUCUUGUUUCUUUAUCUGUAAACAAAAUACUUGAUUUCACCUUUUCCAGGAUGGAGGCUAGGAUAAAUAAACAAUUAUGAAGAAUUUACUUGGAGACCCUAAAAAAAGUAAUAGCGGUUUUUUUAUACCAAAGGAAACAUUUAAAAUAUUUUUCUCCAAAGUAAAUAGUUAAAUUUGCUUUAAAGGUUCACAUUUCUUUCCUGCCCCAUGACUUUGUUUCUCUUUAGAAGGGUAGUACAUAAUGGUGGAAUCUUCUUCUAGAUGGUAUGCAGUUAAAAGAACAAUCUAGAGAAAAACCAGAAGAAUUCAAAAAAUAUUCUAUCGGCUUUCUGCAGGCAGAUUCCAGGAAAAUUCAUUUUGGCAUAGGUAGAAUAGCCAACAGGAACUCUGACUCCUGUGUCCCCGAAUGAAGUUAGUGGAAAUGACUCUGCAGACCACAGAGAAAGAGCAAAAGAGUUUCUGUAUUCCUUUCUGGCUUAAGCAGUUCAGGACAACUUCACUGUACUAUUCCAGCCCCCAGUGAAAAAACGUUCCAUGCUAGCAUGUCAAUGACCUUAUGUUGAAAUGAAUCAACUUAGGGUAACAGAUAGAUAAAGACCCACAAAAAUGAGCGUAGCCUUUGGCCACUGUUUUUGCAUUCUCAGCUACAUCAAGUCUGAAUUUAACCCCAGUGAUUCAUUUCAGCCAUGAGGACUGACAAGGGAUGUACAUAUAUCCACAGGCAUGUACACACAUGCAUAUGAACACACACACACAGACUUCAGUUGAGGCACGGAGCACCCACAGCUAACAUAAUUCAAUCAGAAUCAAGAGUUGCCUCUAACAAACAUGGUACCCUUCCAUCUUAGGAAGCUCGAGUCAACUUAUUUUCUAAAGUACUUUUUUGCUUAUUGAAAUCCUAAUGGAAAAACCAUUAUAGCAGCCAUUUUGAAAUGUGCGAAUUACAUAAACUGUAUGUUUUGCUUCCAUUACUAAAAAGCAAUUAAUGGAUCUUGGCUUUUAUUCCUGUUCUUCUGGAUCAUGCAUGUUAGAUAACCUAUGGAACUGAAAACAAGUGAUCACUUAAGCCCAAAUGUCUGUGAGCAUAAACUGUGUCUUUCUUCAAAAGGUAUGUGGUACUGUAUUCCAGUAGACCAGUCAUCUCCAUGAUAUUGUUACUGUUUCUUAGUCGUGCUUUCUUAAAGAUUUGUUAGGGGUUGUGCUUUGUUUGGAAACUUUGCAAUUAGAAGAAAAAAUAAAAAUUAAGAACCAGUAUUUAAUUCAACCUGGAUAUUUUGAAAAAGAAAUUUAGAGGAUGUGAUGGACUGUUUAUGCAUUAAAUAAAAUUUAUUUAUCCUCAA